AUGAAUUCAACACGUUCCACAAGGAAGAGAUCCACCACUGGAUGUUUGACCUGUCGGCGUCGCAGGAAGAAGUGCGAUGAACGGAAACCUGUCUGUGGAGGGUGUGAACGGAACUUCUUGCCCUGUGUGUGGCCUGAGAACAACGAGAAAAGAAGACGCAGCAGAAAGACAGAGGCCGGGCCAGAGGUUUCGCAGGAACCACUUGAUGUUUUGGGCUCACAAGUUAGAGAUAGAUCGCCUCCUAUAGCAACUGCGCCGCAGGAAAUUCAGUUCCAUAUUGUCGAGGCUCCUCGAGUCCCAACCGCACAUUCAUGCCCGGGAAAAGGCCCUUGGCGGUUUGAAAACUAUUCCAAAAACAAGCAGAAUGCACUCACCAAAUUUGACUCCCGCAUAUCCCAGUUUGUAGAGAUUCAUGAAAACGGAGAAGAUCAAGUGUCCGAAAUUCCAUGUACGCAAGAGACUUCUGACACCACGCAAAAUGACCAUGACGAUCCACUCGAACUCGAGCAAAUCCUGAAUUUCGAGGUUCUCGAUCCACUACAAUAUAUCAAUAACAAAUUUUGGAAUAGUCUUCGUGUAGAGGAGGAGUUAGACAUGCGCAUGGGAGAGACCGUAGCCCCCAUGAUAGACGUUCCGAUAGAUGCCAUAGUGAUACAUCCCGAUAUUAUUGAGGCCCAAGAUCCCCUCAACCACCAGAAUUACGGUCUUUUUGCUUCACUUUUGCGGCGGUACAAAGCUCAAGAAAUUGUAACAGACGAAGACCUUGACAGUGUAAAUUUAGAGGAGUUUUUGUUCUUCGCGUGUGCAAAAGGAUUCAUUCCGAAGCUCGACACUCAAUACACACAUCCUAGUCUAACAACCUACGCAACAUUCCUUCCCCAGGCGAAAAAAAAUAUGCUAAUUCGAAGUGUCUCCAUAUGUUGCGGGGCAACAUAUCUAGCUUGGUGCGACCUUCAUCGCUAUCAACAGUUGAGCGAUGAACUCUACAUCGACUGUAAGGCUCAAAUUGCAGCGCAUCUCGACAGAGCCGAUAAUGUCGCAGACGAGGACUGGCUUCUAGCUGCUUUACAAAUGAUGAGUAUCAGAGACAAAAACGCGUUUACUGGGACUGUGGAUGGAUCCGCGUGGCACCUUUCGAAAGCUUUUUUGAUCAUUCGAGAAAAGUAUUACGACAUAAAUUCGGCACUCGCGCCAGGCACCAUCUCACCUAAGCUUCGAGACAGCAUUGUGCUCCAGCCCCACGAAAGAAUGUUUAUCGAGAGUUUUGUUUAUCAAUAUUCGAUAUCGAUUCUGUUCGUGAAUGACAUGUCGUGCCUUCCAGAUCCUUACGCGGUGUUUAAGGCACUAAGUCUCGUACUGAAAUGUCCCGUGUACAACCUAGAGGGUUGCGACCAGUGGAUGGGAAGCCCGUUGCUGGGACUGUCUUUGGAUGCUUUCGAGAUAUUGGCGAAGAUGUCAUACGUGGCUCGGGCGCCAAUGCCCCUGCCACCGGGUUCCAAGUGGAUGAAACAAAUGAUAAAGCUCCAAAACAUGUGCACAUACUACCAGCCACCCAGCCCCACUAGUUCGAUGGACGAGAAUCAGCGGCUUAAUCACAGAAUUACCUCUCUGGUCGGCUUGCUUAUUGUCAGGAUUUGCGAUGUAUUUGCGUCUAAGGUCAUAAGCUAUGAAACGUUUGACGUCCUAGAUGCGUGUGUUCAAGGACGUGUUAAAGAAAUCCUGCGUCUUUUCAAAAAGCUCCCGCCAGACCAUCAAAUAUGGGGUUUACUGCCGUGGAUGGUCUUGAUAGCAGGAGCUUUCUCUCACGACAUUGACGAUCGGCAAUUUAUUAUAGAAAGAACUCAACAUAUCGCUAAACGUGCACACAGCUAUUGCGGAUUGAAGAUGACGUCUUUUCUGCAUUCCGUAUGGAGUACUCCAGAUGGGCUGAAGCUGCUCUUUGAUCGAGACAAACUGGCACAAGUUGAUUUGUAG